GUUGUGUUUUGAAAAUGAGUUUCCAGCCAAGAUCUCCGUACCCACAGCAAUCCGGAUAUGGACAGAAUAGUAACAGUUCAAGACAGGCUAGUCCACAACAAACAAUUUUACAGGGGUGGGGUGCGCCUGCAAGGGGUUAUUCUCCAAACCCCAGCCCUCGGGCAGACAGACAGUUUCAAUCGCCUGGUUCUGCGAAACAUCAGAGUCCUAGGCAUUUGAAUUUCAGUUCUUCAAGUUAUAGUUCUCCUUCACUUAUGAACUCAUCAGGGUUUAGUCACCCGUACGAUAGAUACACAUCCCCCAGUGAUUCGAAGUUCAAAACUCCCCAUUCUCCAAAUCUCUUCUCUCCCCCGGGUUCAAGAGGUCGUGGCGGUUACAGUGGCAGAAAACAUAAUCAGAAUUACCACAGAAACUUUAAUCAGACACCGAGACAAGACCGUAAUUGUAAUCCGGGAGGCAGUGGCAAUAUUGAAGAUUACUUCCAUCCGAGUAUGUUACAUGAUCCGUGGAAAUUUUGUAGUUCUGUUCCGGUCACUCGUGAACCAUCGCUGACAACGUGACGAAAAAACACCCUAAACCAGUUCUGUUCAGGAAAACUUAUGGGAGAGUAUCUGGUUAUUUAAAACACCCAAUACUUUACCCCUAAAACUUCUGUCCACUUAAGGUAGAAACUGUGAUAGCUCAAAUCCUGUAAAGUACAAAACUAAUGUAUAUAACUCAAGGCAGCAAUGUCCAGUCCAUACCAUAUGAGUGUAACCAUCAUAUGCAAACAUGGUCAAAUGAUAUUCAAAGUGGCAGGGGUACCUUAAACUAACAGUGGUAUGUUGUUAAAGGAGCCAAGUGGUCAUACAUGGCUAGAACUAUCAAUGCAUAUGGUAUUGUAAAAGAAAACAAAAAACAUAUUUAUUAUCUAAAUUGACACACAGUGCUUCAGUAAGACUGUACAUAUAUGUGUAUUAUAUACAGACGUGCAAUUUGUAUAUACACAGUUUUGUAUUUGUGCAUCAAAUACAAGAAAUAUUUUGAACAGUAAGACAUUGUGAUAGUCAGAAUGAUAGCAGUUGGAUAUAUUUAAGACUUCUUUGUAUAAUGGACUAAAAGACUUGUGAGUAACUAGGAAAAACAAAUUCUUCAAAAAUUUGAAAUUUCUCAAGGGAUAUAUUGGCAGCUUUGCAAAGUGGACUCAAAUUGACAAUUGAAAAAUGAUGUGAAAUAGUGUUUUAUAACAUUUGUACCGAAAGACUUUUUGUCUAUUUGUCACUGAGACAGGCAGCGUUUUAAUGAAGAAUGUUUUUUUAGCAUCAUGGAGAUUUUUAUUUCUGAUAAAAUAUUUUUUUUCAUUGAACUGAAUUGAUAUAAUUAUAUGUGUGUUGUUAAUAUUAAUGUAAAAACCAUUUUAUUGUGAUUUGAUUGAAUAUUUGAAUGGAUAAGUAAUUCUGACUUUAUUUCACAUA